AUGAAACCAGUCGCAAGAGUACCUCAAUUCGCCAGAGGUGGCUUCCUCCCAUCCAGAGUGAGCUCCAGAUGCUGGAAUGGAGCUAUCUACGGCGCUCAAUUGAGUCGGCAUUACCGUCAGGUUCACGGAGCUCCGACUGUGAGAUGCCGGCAGCCAUUGAGUACCAACCUUGUAGCAGGAAAACUAUCGGGCUUGAGAUAUGCUUCCAGCUCUUCUACGGCUGAAUCAGAUAUCAAGAAAACGCAGUUCUAUGACUUCCAUAUUGAGCAUAAAGGGAAGAUGGUCCCGUUCGCGGGGUAUUCUAUGCCCCUACAAUACGGCGACCUGAGCCAUGUUGAGAGUCACAAGUGGACCCGAGAGAAGUCCAGUUUGUUUGACGUGAGCCACAUGGUACAACAUCACAUUAUCGGGCCCGGCGCACGAGAUCUAUUGAUGAAGAUUACUCCUGCCUCCCUUGACUCGCUAAAGGAUAACCAUUCUACCCUCUCUUGCCUUUUGGAUGAGAGUACUGGCGGAAUUGUCGAUGACACUGUGGUCACCCGACUUGGACCCGAGUCUUUCUACUUUGUGACAAACGCUGGCCGACGCAAGGAAGACCUGGAGUUUCUGACCAAGGAAAUUGAGGCUUUCAGAAACACUCAGGAUCCCUCCAAGCGUGACUCGAUCAUAAGCUGGUCUAUCCUCGACAGCAGGGCUCUAAUCGCCCUUCAGGGCCCCGCAAGUGCGAACGCACUGCAAUCCCUGAUCAAGAAAGAAACUUCCGCCGAGACUGACCUGUCAACUCUCUACUUUGGUCAAUGUCGUCAGCUCCAUUUAACCUUCCCCGACGGAUCAAGUACUCCAUCACGCCUCCUGAUUUCUAGAACGGGUUACACUGGCGAAGAUGGAUUUGAAAUCUCUAUUCCCACUGAACAAGAUGCCAAUCUACCUCGCCGCGUAGCCGAACUUCUCAUUUCCAACCCAGAUGUCAAACUCGCAGGUCUAGCUGCUCGCGAUUCUCUCCGCUUGGAAGCUGGGAUGUGCCUCUACGGCCAUGACAUAUCUCUCGCUGAGACCCCACCCGUUGCUGGUCUUGGUUGGGUCGUUGGCAAAGACCGACGGGACCCAUCGUCCCCAUUAUCCAAGUUCAACGGGGCUUCCACUAUCCUCCCACAGCUCGCCUCCCCCGCCAAGACACUCACUCGACGACGAGUAGGCUUUACCGUUGAAGACGGCGCACCUGCUCGUGAGGGAGCAGUCAUUGUCGACCUCGCAGAUGGUAAGACCGAAGUUGGAGUGGUAACCUCUGGCCUCCCCAGUCCAACUCUCGGCGGCAAGAACAUCGCCAUGGGAUACAUUAAACAAGGGCUGCACAAGAAGGGAACGGAAGUUGGUAUUCUUGUCCGCAAGAAGCUCCGCAAAGCCACCGUCACCCCUAUGCCAUGGAUUGAAUCCAAGUUUUACAGGGGUUAA